AUAAUUAAAACAAAAAAAAAUAUUGAUAAAAAAUAUGAUCCGUCCUAAGAACACAAUAACAACAACAGCAACAACACCCUUAGCCAGUUUUACAACAACAACGAAAGUCAGAACAGCAACAACAACUUCUACAAUGUGGGUCAUUGUCCAGCUUUGUUUUGUUGUAAUACAAAUCUUGGCGACUUCUGUUCCCCCUGCCCACUGUGAUAAACAACAACAACAAGAAAUACCAACAUUAUCGCCAACAACAGCCAACACUCAUUAUAUACGUUCCCAACAGGGUGAUAAACUAUUACAUCGUGUAGCCCGACUAACUACACUAGAUCAAUAUGCUUUACUCGAUCACAGCUCCAACUCCAGCAGCAGUGGCAGUGGCAGCACCAAUCGUGAUCGUUUAGCCAACACCGCCAAUUAUAUGGCCUCCUAUGGUUUGCGCACUCGUUUCCAGCCUCAAAAAUUCUAUUCGAAAAAAGAACGCUCUUCGGCGGCCAAUGCACAAAAGGGAAAUUUGGUCAGUUUGAAUCUAGUCAGUGAUCCGCCAAAAGAUAUUUGUAAUGGUUAUUGUACAUGUGAGCGUAAAAAUGCAUUUAUAACGGUGACUUGUGAUUAUCAAAAGAAUCCCAGGCUAAGUCCCAUUUUUGAUAAAUCCUAUAAAGUUCCACAAAAUGCCAGAGCCAUAAUCAUAAAACUGGCGGCGAGAACUCAAUUUCAACUUAACGAUGGUUUUCUCAACAACAAUACCAUUAAUCGUUUUAUCGUUGAGGGCAAUAUGAAAGAGGGUGAACAGGUGGAAAUCAAUAGUAAUGCAUUUAGUGAAAAUAAUGGACCCUAUCCGGAAAUAGGUUUUACCAAUGUAUUUGCCAUAGUCAUAAGGAAUAAAGCAUUCCAGCAAAAAGGAACAGCCAGUUAUAAAAUUAUUAUAACCAAUAGCAAUGAUGUUUUAUUAUUGGAGAAUGCCUUUGAGAAGACCAAUAUAAGAGGACAAUUUGUGGGUAUUAAGGAUUUGCGCAUUAAUGAAAAGGCCUUUAAAUCGGCACAAGCAAGGCUCCAUAUCGAAUCCUCCAAUAUCGACAAUAUUUUUAGAUUUGAAGCUUCUAUGCAGGAAAUAAAAUUUAUUAAUUGCACUAUUGGCACCAUCAAUCCGGGUGCAUUUGAUGUUUACGAUAUUAAGUUAUUGACAUUCGAGUCAUGUCGCAUUGAUGCCAUUAAAUCGAGAGCCAUUACCGAGAAGUUCUUUAGCCAACAAGUAUCUAUAACCGGCGCCAGUAUUGGUUUAAUCGAAAGUGAUGCCAUUUUUGGUAGUGGCAUAAAUGAGCUUAAAAUUGCAAAUAACAAAAUCGACACCAUUUCCGACAAUGCCAUACACGUGAUAUCCGCCUAUGUCACCAUAACGGGCAAUGAAGUCAAACACCUGGGCAACAAUUGGUUACAUGUUGAAAAAUGGUCCAAAUUUGUUGUGGAACGUAAUCAGUUUGGUGUCUUUGGUCGCAUGCGUCUGGACAAUGAACAGAAUACGACUUCGUGUAGCUUUGAGGGUAAUUCGUUGACCGAUCCCCAAGAUGGUUCGUUAAACUUUACAAAACCGUAUUGUAAAAUACGUGAGGUAUCGGUUAAUCUGCCCUGCCGCUGCGAUCUCAAAUGGGUGGAGAAGUUAACAGACAAAGAUUUACGCACUGAAAUCUAUUGUACCAUCGAUGAUAAGUUGGGCAAUUGUUUUAAUGCCACCACUUUUAAUUUCAUGCGUUAUUUAAAUGAAGUGUGUGAUGAGACGAAAACGGUGCUCGAUUGUGGACCUAAUAAGAAUUUGAAAAAAAUUGAAGGACGUUUCUAUACAGCCGAGGAAUUGGAAAGAAAAAAUCAACAUUUGCCACAAUUGAUUAUGAUUUUGGUGGGCACUAUUCUGCUGCUUAUACUUAUUUUAGCAGUGGUGAUAUUUUUAAUUUGCCACUUUCGCCGCAAGGGAACACAGCUACAACGCCCUGAAACCUCAGGAGGUCGCAAUCAUGUCCAUGAAUUCUCACCUCAAGAACGCUGUGUUAUAGAUCAGACUUCGCAAUUGAUACAAAAGAAAUAUCCCGAAAUCUCUGAUAAAAUUAAUAAACGUGUCCAAAUUCUUUACAUACAAGAUCUUAGCGAGGAAAAAUGUGUCAAGACUAUCAGCCAAAUAGUAAAUCUCUUGAAUAAGGUCAAAAAUCCUGGAGCCGAUUUUAUGGCCUUUAAUCGUGUACUCACUGAACAUUUACAGUGUCCGCUGCCUUCAGCCCCACCAGCCGAUCAGACACCCAUUUAUUCUGAACCCAGUUUAGGUGGCAUGGAUGAGGGUUUUUAUACAUCGACAUUUUCGCAAAUGGAAGGUUCAGCGGGCGCUGCUGGAUCGGCUCCCGAGCAUAUUUAUGCCGAACCUAGUUGCGCUCAACAGCCUUUGCUGCCCAAUGAAUAUGCUUCGCCGGCCGAUGGUCAUUUAACUUCAAUGGAUCUCUAUACUGAACCGAUUAAUGAAAGAGAAACAAAUCUAACUACUACACCCUAUGCCGUAACUGGUUCUAUAGGACGAACUUACCAAAGUCCCUAUCGGCCCCUACAAUAUGCCACACACAUGCGUAAUCAAGCACAACAACGACAUCAACUACCAGAUGUUUUAGCACAACAUCACACAAAUACACCAUCAUCAUCAUCCUCAUCCCCUUCAGCAGCAUCGGCGGGCACACUCUCGAAUGUACGCAAAAUAGCCCAAGAUUUACAGGAUAAAACUAACUUUAAUCCCAUAGCAAAACCACGCAAUCUACAUUUAGUAACACCACCCACAUACACAGCUCCCGACAAACGGCACAAACAGUUACUGAAUAAAAAUCUCAAUUUAAAUGCAGCGACAGCAGCAGCAACUUCAACAGACAAUAUUGAAAUGGAUAUGAGAGGAGCCACCGCCUUGCCACCCAGAAUGCCAGCCGAUUCGGGUUCAAAUCAUUCGGGUGGCAGUAAUGAAACUGUGCAGAUCGAUGAUGUUAUAGAAUAUGUCGAUUCUUAAGUUAAGAACCAAGAUCUUGCGGAUGUCAAAAAUAUUCCAAUGUUUUUUUUUUUUUGGCCAGUCGUUGGAAUAAGGGGUCAGCAGUCAGUCACUUUUUUUUAAACAAAAUUAAGUGAAAACAACAAAAAUAAAACAGGCUUGUGAUUAAAUAAUAAAAUAAUUAAACGAAAAUUUUGAAAUUUGUA